AUGGGAUUUCUAUCCUAUGGACAUGAAGUGCUGCACGUAGAGUGCGUGGAUAGUCAAGUUCAGAGCUACCCGUAUAAACAAAUCCGUGACACAUACGUAACGUUAGGGCGGAUUUCCACUGACGCGUUUUUAGCUCCGCACGUUAACGCACGUAAAUUUUAAUCAUGUAAAUAAAGUAGUGGUAAGAUAUAAAGUGUUGAGAUUAAAUGUCAAAUUGAGCGAGUUUCUACUUUUACGCUUACAUAAUUGUACGUGCGGCCUUUCAUACAUUGCCUCUGUUUUAAUUGCGAACGCAAAUUUUACGCACGUACGCACUAAAAAAUUACGUGACAGGGGAUACUUGAUAUCUCAAGUAUUUAGGGACGGACCAUUAGAAAACUUAUGCGGGGGGACGACGGGCGAAGUACCAAAAAAAUAUUCGCGCAAGGGAAAAUUAAAUGAAAAAAAUUCAUGCACGCCAAUUAAUCCUAAAAAAUAUUCAUGUUAUGGCCUGAAAAAAAUUCAUACAAGGAAUUUGAUAACGAAAAAAAAUUCCUGCGGCUCGAAAAUUCCCCCCCCCAUAACUUUUCUAAUGGUCCGUCCCUUAUAAAAUGCAGCACGACUUCACAUCUUAACAACUGCGAAAAUCUAUUUAUUAAAUACAUAAAACAAAGUGAAUCUAUUUAACCGAAGAUUUCCUGUAAUUGCGACAAUAUUCUGAGAAACGUAACGAUUUAAAACACCACAAAACAGGAUUUCCUCGCUAUAAUAUUUUCUCAUCCUGCUUGGGGAUAUUUCCUUUUUAAAGUGCCUGCAUGUCGUGCAUAAUUACACGAAAACGCAAGGGCCUCCAUUCGAGGAGAAUUACAUCAUUGCCCAACUUAAAUGCGUCAUUUCAGUCAUCGCCGAAAACAUACCGCGUGCUCAUCACGAGACUCAUUUGCAUACAGUGAAAGUCGACACGAUUCUUAUCCCCAGUUUCCACGGUCUUCGCUAGAAACGCGUAGCCUACAAGCUAGGUCCCACCGACAAAAAAGAAACGACUGCGCUAGAGUCUCGCUCUGCUCCCAACUCCCCUGCCCGACGCCUUUUACUGUGAAGUUGGCACAUUCAGCUGUUCACAAUGCACUCGCUGGCUCAUCACAUUUCUGGAAUGGCCUUCUGUCCAUAUUCUUUAUCGAGAUCUGGGGAGGUUUUACUGUGGAAGGCUCUUAUGAAGCUCACAUACAGUUUCAUCAUCCUUACACCAAUGUGAUAGGUUUGGGUGAUUCCAGUUCAUGGGCGGCUUUCUUGUGCCGCGAUACAUACCUGUUUAUUGAACCUCUCUUCUUGCAACUUCUUUACCCUGUAGUUGGCCUAAAAUUGCUUGCAGGACGUUGGAGGCCAAAGCCAGGUUUCUGUUUGUUACUAUGGUACGGUAUAUAAUGCACUUCUGCUUGUUCCACUAUGUAACUGGUCUGUCAGUUGUAGGUGCUAUCUUUUGCAACAUAACUGUGCGCACAUCCACGUCAACAUUUUUGAACACAUUGGUUUACCUAUGUGCGAUGUCAAAAAGCGUCCCAAGAGACUGUACUAG